AUGGAGUCUCAGAAUGUUGCUGUGCAAUCUGUUUCUGCCUCACCCCGUUCGCGAGGGGAGAGCACCGAGAUGGACGCGGCGACAGCAGUCAACUCUUCUCCCCCGUUACCCAACAGACCUCGACACGUCCAAACUCCCAGCAUCGGAAGAAAGAGACACAACGAAGAAGUCUACGAAACCCCCCAGUCGCCUCUACGCAGUCCUAAAACACCAAAAUUCCAGAGAGGCGCCGGCAUCAGCACAUCACAACAUGUGGAAGGCCGCCAGAACCGUGACAACCCCUUCCAAACCGGUGGGAACCUGGAUCAUGAUCAACUGCGAGGAAUCGCGCAAACAACUACAGAAGACCAUAGCCAGCGAGAACCAAUUGCUCAAAACCCAACAAACACUCCCACAGAAGCCAACAGACUCGUUGGACGGAUCGAACAAUACCAAAAAGGACUCGAAGAAGAGUUCCAAGAAUUCGAACAAUCACUUUCCGAGCGAGACAAAGCCGCUGACCUGGAGUCACUGGAUUGGAAUGAGCUGGAGAAGCGCUAUAACGAUGAGAUUCAACCGAAGAUCGCAACUGAGGAAGCCAUCAUGAACGAAUUCCAGACUCGGUUCCAACAGUUUCUGCUGUAUAUGCAAGUAUCAAACGAACACGAGGCCGAGCGUGCUGUCAAAAGGCUACGUACCAGGAUUGCGAUUGCGCAGAACGCAGAGUCAUCUCUUGCUACCAAGCAGGCUCACCAUUCCAAGGUGCUUCAAGCGUUUCAGAAUGCGAUGGAACUCCUGGGAAAUCUGUGA